AUGAAAAAUAAAGAAAGAAACACCUCCAUGACUGAAAAGGUGAAGAAGUACGAAAUUGCGGUGUACUCGUAUAAAAACCAAAUACGAAAUUUAAAGAGAAGCGAACUCCACGGGGGAGACGUGAACAUACAGCUGAUAAACGUCUUCAUUAACGCCAUCUGUGAUAUAGUGCAGCACAUCUGCUCGGACGUGCGCACACCGGUCUUGGCCCUUCUCCCAUUAAUCCAUUCUAUACUGAAUUCGAUCACCGUGAGGGAUAAAAAAAUAUACCGGUGCACAAAAUUGAUACAUACAGUAUUAACCCAAAUAGGAGAUACACACGUGGAGAAGGAGGCGGAGACAAGGGAUGAACUUCCUCCUCACAAAUUAGAAGACCUAGAAUGGAUAGCUUCCGAAACUGAUGAUAAGGGGUGGCUAACCAUUGCUGACAGAUGGGAAUUAUGCAGGAGGGAUUUAAAAUGGUUGUGUGUGAAGACAAACAACAGGUCAUGGUUACUGUACCGACACCUCUGGGAACACUGCUCCAAUGAUCUGAAAUACAUAUCUGUACUACUUGAUGAUAAGAAAUGGCUACAUCUGCAUAAUGUUUGGAAAUUUAUUCCCCUCAGUUUGAAAUUAAGGGCUAUCUCGUCAAAGGACCCAAGUGUUUGCAAGCCGUCCUUGACUGAAAUGAUCCUAAAGGAUGAUGAUAUUUAUCGGGACAACACAUUACCAUUACCAUUAUCGCGUAGUUUCCACUUGUUGAGUAAGCCCAACGUGUGGAGUGAUCCCCAUUUGGAGGGUGAUCCUUCACCCAAGUGCAUUCCACGCAGCGGGAUGGGGUUAUACCCCCACAGGAAUAGCACUCAUUUGUAUGCAAGGGACCCCCUAGGGGGGAAAGAAAAUAAAAAGUUGUUAUUACUUCGUACUGAAGUUGAAGAGGGGGGAAAUUUCCUAAAGGAGCCAUUAAAAAAUGUAGUGCCUGGUAUGGAGAAGGGAACCCUUGAAGGAGGGAUCCACAAAAGUGAAAAAAUAUUGGGAUCAUUACCUGUUAACCGUAUUAAAAAGGACAGUAACUGUGUAGGGAGAAUGCUUUACUUGGCUAAUUCAGGACGGGGGAAAGUAACUCCUAGACCACGUCCCGCUCCAACUCCCCCUUCGAAAGGUGAAGGUUCGAAACUCCUGUCAACCGGAAGAGGUGUCACCAGAAUACUUGCACCGCAGAACAGGUACGAAAACGAAGGAGAUAAUGUAGCAGUCCCUUGUGCUGAAAAAGAGGCCAAUCGAGUUGGCAGCUUGGGUAGAAGUAAAUACUCCAAUGUGAUUCACUUCAAGGGAAUUUCUAACCGAAAGGAAGUCCAGGAAGAUGUGUCUAAAAAGGGAUUCACUCAGAAAGUUACUCCAAAGGAUGCCAAACCGAAUGGUGUGCACACAGUGGAGAGUUAUAAAGAGGAGCUAGCCAAAAGACAAGAGAGUAAAAAUAUCAUGAGGGGUGAAAAGUUUCUGUCAAAAGUACCAAACGGGGGAUCUCCAACGGUAAAUCAAGAAAAACAAAGUUGCUAUUUUAAAGGUACCGAGAUAAGCGCCAAGGCGGUGGAACAAAGAAGUGACCUCUCAGUUGAACCUCACAUUUUAAAAGAAGGAAGCAACCCAACUGGGAUGGCAGGUACGGAUGAAUCGAACACCUUGGGGGAAACUACUGUACCAAGUGCGAAGGAAAGCGUAGCUGGUAGACUCCUGCCACCCCUUCAGAAAGGAAAGAUUGUACCAAAGGGGAAAGGACCCCCGUUAGGGGCAUAUACUCCCAUUUUGAAGCAUCCAGUUAGUGGGAAAGGCUCAGAAGUAGAACAGAAAGGUAGCAGUAGUUUGUCCGUGCAAAAUGAAAAAGUGAAGAUGUCGAAUGGACAGUUGGAGGGGGUAACCCCUAAGGUGAAGAAUGCCCCAAAGAAAAUACCCCCCCUUACAGGCGGAUUAAUAAAAAGCCUUCUAAAAAUGAAAGAACCAAAUGGGAAGAAUAUUUCUGAUUUGUUAAAGAGAAAAAGUUUCAAGGAAAGUCCAUUGGUUUUAAAAAAAAGUGGCAGCAUUGUUCACGUAAACGAGGUGGUCAUCGCUACUUCGAGUGAAGAUGGUGGCAGAGAAGAGGAGAUCCAAGCGAGCAUGUCACACCGGGAGGAGAGUCCCAAGAAGGAACCCAAAGGGAGCUCCAGUACAUAUUUCUCUGACCUAUUUAGUGCAUUCAAUUUCACGAUAAAUGGAAAAUUAGGAAGGGCAUCGAGCCACAGUGCUGACACGGAGAGGGAGGAACGGAACAGCGAAUUUGGUACCCCUGGGGAAGAGAAAAGUUCGGAGUCCAGCGACGAUUCGGGUGCGGAAAAGGGCCAACAUAAGGAUCAAAUAGCUAGCGACUUGGAAGGUAAAGCCUUUCCAGGGGUAGGCAGAGAGGAGGGGGAAAUGGUAAGACGGGGAGACAGCGAUAAAGGAAGCGCAGAUGGAAAGAAGGAUGGAAACACAGAUGCCAACGUAGAUGGCAACGUAGAUGGAAGUACGAAAUUUCGUGCGCAUCCCAUGGGGAGGAGCUUAAAGGGGUAUUCAAUGAAGAGGGACUUCCUGCAGGUUAAGAAGGCGGUAUCGACUGUCGGGGCGACAAGCGAUGUAGGUUCCCUAUUUCAGGGCGAUCCACUGACCAAACCGAUCGGCCACUUGGACCAGAACAACACAAAGGGUUUCUCCCCCAUUUUGGAGAAACCCAUGAAGAAGUUUCCCCCAAAGAAGAGCAGUAACAUUUUGCAAAAGGUUCUGAACGCCGACUUGGCUCAUCUGAAUUAUUCAAAUAAAAGAAUGACUGCAGACGAAAUUGCAAAACAUAAGAAUGCAUCGCUCCAUAUAACUGUGAAGAGGAAGGUGUCUUUGUCGUCGUUAAAAAUGAAAACUGUGCCGAAGCGCUGA